CAGCUGAUGUGCACAUGAAUGAUUUGUUUCCUCUGCAGGUAGAAAGUGUGUGUGAGCUGAUGUGAAUUCUUUGGGUGAAUUCUGAGCUUUUUGUGGAUACGUGUCCAUAUUUGCAUUAAAGACCUGAGAGCUGGAGGGUUAAACGGCAGUUCACCCCCUUUGUACUGGGGGCGCUGGAGCUCAAGAGGUAAAAGGAGACAUUAGGGCUCAAUAAAAGCUCUGAGAACAAAACCUGAACUCAAACUGCUCAAACUCUAAAUAUUCUAAAUAAGUAAAUACAUUGGACAUGUGAUGAGAUUCAUGUUCUCUCUCAUGUUUUACAGUUGAAAGAUGGAAAAAUCUGUUGAGGAGCAGUUGCUGAACAGGCUGGAAGAUUUGGGAGAAGAGGAGCUGAAACUUUUCCACUGGUACCUGGAAAAAGGACCCGGAGGUGAUUUCACAACCAUCAAAAAGAGCCGACUGGAGAACGCAAGGAAGGAUGGACGUCAUGGAACAGUGGAUCUUAUGGUGGAGACAUACACUACUCGCCAUGUAAUGGAGGUGGCAGAGUUGAUUUUAAAGAAGAUGAAUGAAGGGAAACCCUCAGCCCAGGCAUCUUCAUCCUGUUUAUCACAAGAGGAGGAGCUUGCCAGGGUACGGUCAGCCUUUGUCUGGAGGGUAACAAUAGAAAUCCUUAAACUGCUCCUUGAGGCCCUUGUAAGUGAUGGUAUCUUAAAUAAGUUGGAGGAAGAAUCGAUACUGGAGGGGAACCCACUCAGAGCAGACAAGGCACGCAGCUUGAUCGACACAGUGAGGAAAAAAGGAGACAAAGCAUGCAAGAUAACAAUCAAGCAUCUUCAGAUCAAAGAUCCUUCUCUUUUCUCUCAGCUGCGUUUGAACUCUGAUCCAUCUGCUCAACAAGAUGCUCUUCAGAAGUGUCAGCCUAAACUUAAGUCUGUCUUAAAGAAGAAGUUCCAGUGUGUGUUUGAGGGGAUCGCUAAAGCAGGAAACCCAACCCUUCUGAAUUGA